AUGUCGUCGACGAACAACACAUCGAUCCCUUCCGGAGACCAGAAGUCGAAAAAGAAAAAGAAGUCCAAGAAGAAGGGCACCGCGCAACCCGCAACCGCAGAUGUUCCCUCGACCCCAACCGAGACCAAUGACACAAAUGAGGGUCUCGAUGAUGAAGAUGACGAUGGGGAACACGGCGAGCGGGAGGUCGAAGAGACGCCAGCCUCACCGGUGAAAGAAGAGUCGCUGGAUGCAGAGCCACCAGCUACAAUGACAACCGUAACGAACGGAGUAAAAGACCUCGUCGUCGAGAGCGACAAAGAUGAUCCAGCUGCGCGCUUUGACGCUCUUGUCAAAGACCGUGACGCUCUGCGACAGGAAGUCACGCAGCUGCGGCAAUCGCUCGAGGAGCUCCAGGCUAAGCACAACUUGGAAAUCGAAGCAGUUCAAGGCGAGCUCGCAGACACGCAGGCGGAGAAAGAGAGUGCAGAGGAGCAAUACCAAUCGUUACUAGGAAAGGUGAACACAAUACGCUCUCAGCUAGGCGAGAGGCUGAAGGCCGAUGCAGAAGAUCUAGCCCAAGCACGCACACGAAUCGAGGAACUCGAAGAACAAAAGUCCGAACUACAAGAAAGAUAUACAGCCCGCUCCGCUGAAGUCGACGAACUAACUGCCCAGACCAAAGACCUCACGCAGAAACACGUGGAGCAAGCCAAAGAACUCUCCAGCCUGCGCAACCGUCUAACGCUCUCACAGCAGAAUUGGCUCAAGGAAAAAGAAGAACUGGUCGAGUCGGAAGCGUACAUCCGGGAUGAAUUCGAGAACGCAAAGCAGGCGAUGCACGACUGGGAAGUGUUGGCCAUGGAAGAACGAACCGUCCGCAAAGACCUGACAGAUCGGAACGCCGACCUGGAAGAACAGCUCGCUUCUCUCAAGGAGGCGUAUGAAAAGGCAAUUAGCGAGAGAGACACGCACUCAUCGACGGUCGACGGCCUCCAACGAGCCCUCCAGGAGAUUCAGACCGUGCGGAAACAGGAACUCAAGGAACUGGUCGAGACGAAUCAAGCCGAACAGGCAGCGUUGCGGAAACAGCUGCAAGAACUCCAGGGGACGCACGAUACCACCGUGUCAGAACUCGAAAAAACGAAGAGAGACCUCGAGCGCGCCCUUCCCUUUGAGAAAGAAGUCAAAGAGAAGAAUCUGCUGAUCGGCAAGUUACGGCACGAAGCAGUCAUUCUCAACGACCACCUCACGAAAGCACUACGGUUUCUGAAGAAAGGAAAGCCAGAGGACAAUGUCGACAGACAAAUCGUAACAAACCACCUCCUCCACUUCCUGGCGCUCGACCGCUCCGACCCCAAGAAAUUCCAAAUCCUGCAACUGAUCGCCGCCCUACUAGGCUGGACAGAGGAACAGCGCGAACAAGCCGGUCUUUCCCGCCCUGGGACCACGACCGGCGCGCCCGCCCCGACGAGCAGUUUCGGCAGCCUCCGCGGCUUGAGCGGGAUGAGCCCCCUUGUGCAUAGGACCCCGUCGACACCCGCGCUGAGUCACGGCCCGGAAUAUUUUGGCGGGGAGGGAGUCAUGAGUCCGAACGGUCGUGAGACGUUGGCAGAACUGUGGCAGAAUUUCCUGGAGCAGGAGGCCGCUUCAGCGGCUGGAGGGGGCAGUAGUGGUGGUAACAGCAGCAAUAGGAGCGGGAUGCCUCCAAAGUCGAGGCAGGGUAGCACGAGCACCGUUGGAGGAGGGUUGCCUCCGAUGCCGCCGAUGCCGACGUCCAAGUAA